CUGCUCGCUUGUUUCCUCAUUAACCUGGUGGGCGGGGGCUGAUGACGCUCUGGUGGGCGGGGUUUGACGCUUUUGCCCAUCUCGCCGGUAUAAAUAGCGGGGGGCACGGCUUUUGGUGUCAGUGAGAUCGGAAGCGGUCAGGAUGGGCUCCCGGGCAUCUACACUGCUGAGGGACGAGGAGCUGGAGGAGAUUAAGAAGGAGACUGGAUUUUCGCACAGCCAGAUCACACGUCUGUACAGCCGCUUCACCAGCCUGGACAAGGGAGAGAAUGGAACAUUAAGCCGGGAAGACUUCCAGAGAAUUCCAGAACUCGCAAUUAACCCUUUAGGAGACCGGAUUAUCAAUGCAUUUUUCAAUGAAGGGGAGGACCAAGUAAAUUUCCGUGGCUUCAUGAGGACGCUCGCUCACUUCAGACCUACUGAAGACAAUGAAAAAUCGAAGGAUCUCUCCAGCGCAGAGCCCCUGAACAGCAGAAGCAACAAACUCUUGUUUGCAUUUCGGCUCUACGACCUGGAUAAAGAUGACAGAAUCUCUCGGGAUGAACUCCUGCAGGUCCUGCGAAUGAUGGUGGGAGUAAACAUAUCGGACGAGCAGCUGGGGAGCAUCGCUGACCGCACCAUCCAGGAAGCAGACCAAGAUGGCGACUGCGCCAUUUCCUUCUCUGAAUUUGUUAAGGUUCUGGAGAAGGUGGACGUUGAGCAGAAAAUGAGCAUCCGAUUCCUACACUGACCCUUCGUGACCGUGUAGAUGACGCAGUAGACCCGGCUGAUGUCUUCAGGCCGCGGAUAAGGGAGCACAACACUACUGCCGCUAGAUGUCUUCUGUCUGACGUGUGUCUACUGUGACUUUAGAAGGGGGGUAGUCGCUAAGUUAUGCGCUUAAUUAAUUUUUAUUUUUUUUCUCUCUUAAGAAGACUAAAUGCCUUUUUGUCAAUAGUAAAUAGGCUAUAGUAUUUUAUGCACCCCAUCAAAAAGCAGAGACUGUAUAAGAUAAAAAAAAAUCUUGUGUCUGUGCCUUUAAGUUGCAAUGUGGUGCGUCUCCGCCUCCUGACUGCUCAUUGUCUCCGCCUCCUGACUGCACAUUGUCUCCGCCUCUUAAUUUAAAUAUCCAGUUGCUAGUUUGAAGAUCAGAAUGUGCCCACGUGUCAUUUGUAAAUAAAGUUUUGAGAACAGA